UCUGUCAAUCGUUUUCACCCGGCGUCACUCGUUCCACGGUCACUUCAUAACCCCAAACUCAUCAACUUGAUGCGACAAAAGGUCAACAUGGACAUGAUCAACUAUAUCGCCUUGCGAGCAUCCCAGGUAGUCAGAGUCGAGGAUGAACCCCGCCGACCCAUCCUUGCCAACUCCACCGAAUACCCCGGUUGGGACGCCGGCUCUCCGAGUACUUCUUCGCUCCCGACCCUUCAAAACUUCAUCGUUCGCUUGGUGGCGAAAUCGAACGUGCAAGUCCCAACGCUCCUGGCUACACUCAUUUAUCUCGAGCGUCUCCGACUCAAGUUGCCAUCCAUGGCCAAAGGUAUCCCUUGCACCCGACAUCGAGUAUUCCUCGCAGCUCUCAUCGUAGCUUCCAAGUACCUCAACGACUCCUCGCCUAAAAACAAACACUGGGCAGCAUACGCCGCGAUUUUUGAUUUGGCGGAGGUAAACCUCAUGGAAAAACAGCUCCUCUUCUUGCUUGAUUACGAUCUUGAUUUCGACGAAGAAGAGGCAUGCAAGCACUUCGCACCCUUCAUG